AUGAAGACUAGCUCUCUCAUUUCCUUGCUUGGUCUGUCCGGCAGCACCAUGGCUGCAGCCGUAGCCAAGGGCAAUCACGAGCCCUUUGGCUACAAGUCCGGAUCAAAGGAGUCCAUUGCCAACCUGAAGGACAAGAUCGAGAAUGUUGUGUGGAUCCUGCUCGAAAACCGCGGAUUCGACAACAUCUUGGGUGGUGUAAAGAACCGCGGACUGGAUAACGUUGUCAACAAUGGUCCCUUCUGGAACCCCGAGAAAGUGAGUGAUGCCAACAGCAAGAAAUGGUACAGCCAGGCCAAGAACUACGACUCGGUUCUCCAUGACCCCAACCACUCCGUCACCGGAGUGAACUACGAGCUCUACGGCACCUAUAGCCCCGACAAUGAGGCUAUUGCCAACGGUACAUUGCAUGCCAAUCUGGAAGGCUUUGUCGAGCGCCAGAUGGUGUCCUAUCCCAGUAUCUCUGCCCAGCGAGCAACGGAGGAGGUCAUGGGCUACUACACCGAGGACGAGAUUCCAACCCUCGUUGACCUGGUUGACGAGUUUACCACCUUCAACUACUGGCACUCCUGUGUUCCUGGUCCCACCAACCCCAACCGUCUCUGUGCAAUUGCGGGUACACCUGACGGCCACGGCAGUAACGACGAAAGCUUCGACGUAUCCGGCAUCAGCAUCCCCAGCGUCUUCGAAGUCGCCUCGGAGAAGAACAUCUCAUGGCUCAACUACGACGGCACCAACGGCGCCUUCCAGCCAGACUCCAUGUUCUUCGACUGGACGGCCAAAAACGCCAAGAAGAACGUUGUCCCGCUCGAAAACUUCUUCCAGGACGCUUACCUCGGCCUCCUCCCCCAACUAUCAUACAUCAACCCCUCCUGCUGCGGCCUUAACACAAACUCCAUGCACCCAACCGGAAACGUCUCCUUCGGCCAGGUUCUCGUGAAACAAGUCUACGACGCCGUCCGCGCAAGCCCACAAUGGGACAAGACGCUUCUGCUCAUCACCUUCGAUGAAACAGGCGGGUUCUUCGACCAUGUCGCGCCCCCGCUGGCUGUUCGUCCGGAUGAUAAGAGCUAUACCGAGUCUGCGCCUGAUGGCAGUAAAUACACCCUUAACUUUGAUCGUCUGGGUGGACGGAUGCCGACUUGGUUGGUCUCGCCGUAUACGCCUCGUGGACAUGUUGAGAAUUACGGGACCGACCAGGUCACUGGGAAGUCGUCUUCGUACAGUGCUACUUCGGUGCUGAAGACUCUUGGGUACUUGUGGGAUUUGAAGGAUAUGAGUCCUCGUGUGGAACACUCGCCUGCCUUUGACCACCUUAUUGGCACGAAGGCGCGAAGGUCGACUCCAGCUACUCUUAAGAACCCUCAUCCGUUCCCCGAUGCUGUUUGA